AUGAGUAGUAGCAACCUUUCGGAUUUCAUACUCCCCGAUUCCUCCCAGCAUCUGGGCUCCAAGUGCUUCCAUUCCACUCCCCUGACCAAUAUUAAGUGGAAGAUUCACCCAACAGUUAUAUUUACAAUUCUAGACUCGUAUAUGAGGAGGGAGGAGGGCCAGUACAACGUUAUUGGCACGCUUCUCGGGAUAGUUUGCGAAGGUAACACAGUAGAAAUUACUGACUCCUUCGUCGAUCGACACUCGUUGACAGAUGAGUUAGAUAUAAUUCACAAGUUUCAAGCUCGCAAUUUGCGAUUAGGGCCUGCUUCAAAUCAUAAAGGACCACCACGAGAACAUGUACGAGCUGAAGCAAAAGAUCAACCCGAAGGAGCAAGUAGUCGGCUGGUAAGAGCAACAAAGAUAGAGCACUUUAGGUUUUGCACGGGAUCUGAAAUGACGGAACUGACGUGCGCAGUGCACGGCUGGUUUAAGCAGUUCAACUCGGUAUCGAUGUUCUACCCGAAUCCGAACCUGUACGAGCCGAUACACCUGCUGGUCGACGCGACCUGCGACAGCGGAUCGAUGAUGAUGAAGGCCUACGUUCAACUGCCGCUGACCAUAACCAAGGACGCCUGCUUCCAGUUCCACGAAGUUGACCUUGAGCUGCUGGUGGCGCCCUCAGACACAGCUGGAAUUUCAUUCUUGUUAAAAUCGCUAGACAACUCAAAAAAUAGGAAACCUCUCACAGCAGAAACGCUGUCACCAAACACCUUCACGAACUCUCUUCUGAAACUUAAGGACCUUCUCGACAAAUGUUUGAAACUGGUCGAAGAAGCGAUGGAAAACAGAGGCGGUGUUAAAAUAAACCCUGAAAUAGGAAGGUUCCUGCUGAAAACAGUCUCAACUGAGAAGUUGAUGAGUUUGCAAAAGAUAGAAAAGAUCUGGGAGUUGGCGAUUCAAGAUAACCUAAUGAUUGCGUACUUGGCGAACCUCGCUAACCUGCAGUUCGUGCUCUCAGAGCACUUGAACUCAUCCUUCUAA